AUGCUGGAUUCCUGUUCUUUCCAGAUGGACUCUACGGUCUCUGAGCCCCGGGAGCAGGACCUGACAGAGGCAGGGGCAGAGCAGGAAGUGCGGUGGUUGGAGCUGGGCUCCGAGGAGGCCCCAGGAGCUGGGACAGAGGGGCCCAGCGCCCCACAGGCCUGGGGGCGCCUGCUGCAGGCCGUGCGGAAGGGUCACGUUGGCCUGGUGACUCAGCUACUGCGGCAAGGGGCCUCCCCGCCCCGCAGGGACCGCGCGGGCAGGACCCCGCUGCAUCUGGCCGUGCUGCGCGGCCACGUGCCGCUGGUGCGUCUCCUGCUGCAGCGCGGGGCCCGGGCCGCAGCUGCAGACCGCGUGGGGCGCACGCCGCUGCACGAGGCCACCUGGCAUGGGCCCCAGGGCUGCAGGGCCAGAGCAGGACCAGAGGCUGCAGGCUCCCACGGCCUUCAGGGUGUGCAGGCCCCUCUCUGCUGGUCUGAGGCCACCUGCCAGGGUGCACGGGAGAACACCCCAGAGGUCCCUGGAGAAGGAAGCAGUGGCUGGAGCCCGAGCAAGAAGCGUGUGGCUGACCUGGAACCAUUCCAGACUCCCAGGGCCACGUCAGCCCUGUAG